CCUCUGUCGUCCUGAAUCUUGAUUACCCGUCUCCGAGUGAUCGGAAUCCGUCAUAGUCAAAUUCAACAUUCGUUUAGUCAGCAGUAGCCGCCAUCUUCUUCUAACACUGUGAAACCGCGGAAGCAAACAUACCACUGUUUUCUUUGUCCUUGAACCUUGCACGCCGGUGGUUCACCAUCCACGGCCUGUCUUUUCAGAAGCGGUAGUGGAAAAUUCGGCAGAAACAGUUUUCAGUCUCGGAUAUCUAUUCCUGUGCAUUCUGAAGAAUAUUACUUGUGAAGAAUUAAGGCGAUGGGUAAAGGUAGGAAAGCUGAAAUGGUCAUUCAGAAUAGUGCAGAAGAAGACCAGCUUGUAGCUGAUGAUUCUCAGGAUAAUGGUCUUCUUGAAGUACAAGAACCAACACCAUUGAAAACUAAGAAGUCGAAGAAGAAGCGAGUCGCAUCUGAUCUUGAUGAUGAGACCACAGUGAACUUGGAAGAUAUUGGUAAUAUUGAGACAGCAGCUGAUGGAAGCCAAAUCGAUGAUGAUAUAACAGAACCAACCAUGGGCGAGAAGAUUGCAAGCCUAAAUUUAGUGAAUACGACUGAUGAUAGAAAAGCACUGGAAGAAGAUUCUAUUCAUCAAACAAAGCCACCUAGUGCAGACUCUAUGCACGUCCUAGUUAAGCAAGCUCUCCAAGCCAAUGAUCGAGCACUUCUAUGGAAUUGUUUGAAUAUCCAAGACGAGAGGGUCAUUACAAAUUCCGUUUCUCUAUUAAACCCAUCUGAUGUCAUGAAGCUUCUAGAUGCGCUCAUAUCAGUUAUUCAUUACAGAGGUGCUGGACUUGCUCGUGCUCUUCCAUGGCUUAGAAGUCUACUUCUCCAACACGCAAGUGGGAUUGCGUCUCAAGAAUCUUCUCUCGUUGCCCUCAACUCCAUGUAUCAGCUUAUAGAGGCUAGAGUAUCCAAUUUCCAUUCUGCACUUCAACUGUCUAGCAGCUUGGACUUGAAUUUCUCAACAAUUGUUGAUGACAGUUUGGAUGAUGAUGAAGCGAUAAGACCAGUCAUUUAUGAGGACAAAGACAGUGAUGAUGAAGAAUCUGAAGGAUCGGAAGAAGAUGCCAUGGAAACUGAUGACGACACAUCAAGCCUAGGACACGAGGCAGAAGAUGGUGAUAGCGAUAUUGAAGGAAGUGAUGGCAUGGGAAUCUAACUUUGCGGUUGGUGUCACAAUCACAGAGAUAACUGCACUUUCGAACAAAUCAAACAAACCUGAACUUUUUUGUUUUAGUAAAAUGGUGUAAUAGGGUUUUGCAUUUUUGACGGUAUCGGAUAAUGCUUAUUUUUUUUAGACUAUUUUCACUUGUUUGUAUUUUUGUGAAACUAUUGAACUUUAUAAUUGUUUAAGGUAACAUCAAAUUUAUUUGGA